UUUUGAAACGAGAAAUUUAAAAGUGAGUUUUCUUUAGAUCCUAUUUAGCCUAGAUAUCUUAUUGUAUAUGAGAUAUUGUAGGAUUAUAGGAUUAUAAAUAAAAAUUAAAUUAAUAUGAAUUGUAUGUAACACUCUCUUUUUUAAAUUGUUUAAGAAAAUUAUUGCAAUCAUGAAUGACGAAGGAACAUAUAAACAGCAAUCUUAUACAUUUGAAGAUGAAAUUGUUAUUUCUGGAAUUGCUGGGAGAUUUCCAGAUUCAGACAACAUGAAUCAAUUACGAGAAAAUUUAUUUAGCAAAAUUAAUCUUGUUCGAGCAGAUCACGACCGUUGGAAAAUAGAACAUCUAGAUUUACCAACUCAUAUGGGAACAGUCAACAAUGUUAACAAAUUUGAUGCGGAUUUUUUUGGAAUAUCUUCCCAGCAAGCACAUGUAUUUUCACCUGAGAUAAGAAUGUUAUUGGAACAUUCGCAUGAAGCAAUUAUCGACGCGGGAAUCAAUCCAAAGCAAUUGCGAGGAAAGAAUACUGCUGUAAUAAUGGGAACGUGCGUUCUUGAAGCUGAAGAGAAACUUCUUUAUGAAGAUCUGCAGGUAGGCGGCCUCAAUAUUAUUGGAUGUAGUAAAUCUGCAAUAGCGAAUAUGAUAUCGCAUUACUUGGAUCUAAAAGGACCAUCUUAUACAGUUGAUACGGCCUGCAGCACUGCUUUUUAUACUGUAGCCCUGGGUUAUCAUUGUAUUAGGUCAGGAAUAUGCGAGGACGCAAUUGUUGGAGCUGCAAAUCUAUGUUUUCAUCCAUUCAUAAAUAUACAACAUCUCCUCCUUGGUAUUUUGUCACCCAAUGGUUGCUGUAGACCUUUUGAUGUCGCUGCAAAUGGAUAUACACGUAGCGAAACAGUGGCUGUGAUAUAUCUUCAAAAAGCAAAAAAUGCGAAAAGAAUUUAUGCCAUAUGUUCACAUGCUAAAAUGAACAAUGAUGGUUACAAAGCAGAAGGAAUAACGUUUCCGUCGACAACUAUGCAGAGUAUCUUACUUGAGGAAUUUUAUAAUGAAUGUAAAAUACCGACAUCUUACUUGGAUUACUUUGAAGCACAUGGUACUUCUACUAAAGUCGGUGAUCCUGCGGAAAUUAAUGCUAUAUAUAAUGUCAUCUGUAAAAAUAGAAAAAGUCCAUUAAUGAUCGGCUCCGUAAAAUCCAAUCUUGGUCAUUCUGAAGCUGCCAGCGGUCUCACGCAAAUCGCUAAGAUAAUAAUAGCAUUCGAAACCGGCUUUAUUCCACCAAACAUUCACUAUACAUCACCACGAAACGAUAUAAAUGCUUUACACAAUGGAAGUGUCGAAAUCAUAACAGAACCAAUGCCAGUUAAAAAUGGAUAUGUAGCUGCAAAUUGCUUCGGUUUCGGUGGAGCUAACGUACACAUCUUAUUCAAGUGGAAUAUUAAAUCAAAGAUUAAUACCGCAGCACCGGACGAUGAUUUACCAAGACUUGUAACUUUGUCUGGACGCACGGAAGAAUCAGUAAAAUUGUUCUUAACUGAUGUCGCUAAUCAUCCGAUAGAUGUAGAAUAUAUACGUUUACUACACGAUAUCCAUGCAGACAAUAUAGAUGGCCAUUCAUGGAGAGGAUAUACUAUAUUAACCCCUUCACAAUUGCUGACACCAAAAUCUCAUUUUCAUCAUAUUGCAAAUGAGUUAAAUACUUUGCAACAGAAUUCAAUAAAAGUAAUACAAAAAUUUAAAAAUGUAAAGCGGCCUGUUUGGUUUAUAUUUUCUUCUUUAGGCACGCAAUGGCCUGAAAUGGGCCGAACUUUAUUGAAAUUUCAUGUCUUUGCAAACGCCAUUCGAAUAUGCGAUGCAACUUUAAAACCAUAUGAUAUAAGUAUAACAGAUAUUUUGACAAGAAAAGAUGAAAAAAUACGCGAAAACUAUGCGUUACACGCAUUCGUUGGAAUCGUCGCUGUUCAGAUUGGAUUAGUAGAUCUCUUAACAUCAUUAGGAAUUGUUGCGGAUUAUAUGAUUGGUCAUUCCGCUGGUGAACUAGGUUGCGCAUACGCGGAUAAAUGUCUUACCAUUGAACAGACCAUUGUCUCAGCAUAUUUUAUUGCUAUGGCAUGUACAGAUAGGAAAAUAAUUCGUAGCUCUGCGGCGGUCAUCCGACUUGAUUAUGAAAAGCUCAAAAAUAUAUGUCCGACGGAUAUUGAAAUAAUAUGCCGUAAUAAUCGAUACAACAACAUUGUGAGCGGGCCCGUGAAAUCCAUUCAAAAGUUUAUAACGAAGCUACAGAAUGAUAAUAUUUCCGUAAAGGAAAUUUAUUGUAACGUACCAUAUCACAGUUGUUACAUUUCUUCCGUGAAAACGCAACUUUUGCUGAAGUUGAACGAAAUAAUACCAGAGCCAAAGGAACGCAGUUUAAAAUGGAUUAGUACUUCCGUACAUCACACCAAAUGGUCCAUCUCAACAUCAAAACUAUCAUCGGCAGAAUAUCAUACAAAUAGCAUAAUAAAUACUAUCCUCUUUGAACAAACAAUGCACUUAAUUCAAAAUAAUGCUGUGACUAUCGAAAUCGCACCCGAUAGCGUUUUGCAAAACAUUUUAAAUCAGUCUUUACAUUCGGAAGUAACAAAUAUAAUAUUAACACAACGCACAAAUGAAAUACAUGAACGAGAUACGGAUGUAAUUCUACAAGGAAUUGGGAAGCUAUACAACUGUGGUUUACAGCCGCGAAUAGCUAAUUUAUAUCCGCCAGUGAACUUUCCAGUUAGAAGAGGCACUCCAAUGAUCUCACCAUCGAUCAGGUGGGAUCAUUCGGAAGAUUGGUUUGUACCAACCUAUAAAGCACAGAAGCGCAUGAAAUCUGGAGAAAGAUGCGUCGAGAUUGCAUUGAAAGAUGAAAAUUACGAUUAUAUGGCUGGAUAUGUAAUCGAUGGGAGAAAUUUGUUACCUCCGACGGGUUAUCUUGCACUGGUUUGGCAAACUGUCGGAAUGAUGAAAGGUCAAAUAUAUACAACUUUACCAAUAAUAUUUCAAGAUGUAAGCUUCAUUCGUGCUAUUCACUUGGCAAAAGAUAAUGUCAUUAAAUUGACUAUUGCGAUUCGUAAAGAUGGGAAGUUUGAAAUUACUGAAGAAGAUAGCACUGUAGUAACAGGUACAGUGUACGAGACAGCGAAUCCCGAACAGGAUAUGAUUUCGACAGAUUUAUUACCAGAGGAUAAUGAUGAAGAAGAACAUAUGACUGAACAAGAUAUCUACAAGCUACAAAAAUUCAAGCUACGUGAUUAUCAAUACAGCAGCUGCUUUCGUGGAUUGAAAACCGCAUCUAUUUCAGGUAACAAAGGACGUAUCGUUUGGACAGGCAAUUGGGUUACAUUCAUGGAUAACAUGCUACAGAUGCAGAUUCUCGGAUACAAUACUUCAGAAUUAUAUAUUACGACAAGUAUUCAAAAAUUAAUCAUUAAUCCUCUACUUCACAAGAAAAAGCUACAAGAAAUAACAGAAGAAGAAAAACAAAUGCCGAUACGAGUAUACAAAGAAAUAGAUACAAUUAUAGCCGGCGGAAUAGAGAUACGCGGCCUUAAAACCACCCAAAUUUCUUGCAGAAAAAUAGCUCAAAAUCCUGUUCUACAGGAAUACGUUUUUGUAGCUCAUCAUGAUUAUGCUAAAAUGUCUUUAGACAAAGUAAUACGAGUAUGCGCACAACUUGUACUUGACGAUCAUCAAAUCAUGAAAGUAAACGCCAUCGAGAUAGUGGAAGAUAUCGAUAACGUUGCAGUAGAAGAUCUCUCCUCUUCGAUGUUGGUUGAUGCUUUUGGCGAUAUACCUUUGGUACAAGUGGAUAUCAAUCUAUUAACGUCGCCAAAUCGUUUUAAUCCAGUGAAUCUAUCGCCACAUAUAUCAAUCGGAAAUUUAACAAAAUCAUCUAUAGAAGAUAAAGUUAUAAUAAUUUGCGGAUUUAAUCUUUUGUCAAAACAGCAAAUCUUAGAAGAACGAGUUUUGCCAUUCCUCAAAGAGGGUGGUUUUAUCUUAACUCGUGAAAAUUGCAAUUUAACUGUUUCUGAUAAAUAUUUGCAGCAAUAUCAAUUAAACGUUAUUCUUGAAAAGCGCACCGACAAAGAAACAAUAAUACUUCUGAAAAAUAAAAUGUGUAUAGAAGAAACGACCGUUGUUUAUAUAAAUAAUCAUAAUUUUAAUUGGCUGGAGAAUUUAAAGCUACUUCUGAGCGAUAAAAAUAAGAAUGAAAGAAAGAGUAGAAUUAUAAUUGUAGGCGAAAAAGAUUUUGAUUGUGGUGUGUUAGGUUUUGUCAAUUGCUUAAGAAAAGAGCCAGGUGGAACGCGAGUCAGGGGUGUGUUUAUUCAAGAUAAGGAGGCACCAAAAUUCUCAUUACAGAAUUCCUUUUAUGUACAGCAAUUACAAAAAGAUAUGAGCAUUAAUGUAUUACGACCUAAUAAGAUGUGGGGAUCGUACAGACAUUUGCGAUUACCGCAAUCAACAACCGAAUUUGUACCAUCCGCCCAUCUCUGCCAAACUGUUAGAGGCGAUCUGAGUUCAUUUUGUUGGGUAGAAAACGAUAGGACCAUUAAUUUUCGUCGUGAGGAUUUAGUACAUGUGGUCUACUCAUCACUGAAUUUUAAGGAUGUAAUGUUGACCACUGGAAAAUUAGAAAAAUUGAAUUCCCAAGGACGUUUUACGCAUACACCUCUCGGAAUGGAAUAUGUGGGAUUUGAUGCUGACGGACAACGCGUAAUGGGACUUUGUGAUACUGAUUCUAUAGCAAAUAUUGUUGCUAAAGAUAAAACAUUCUGUUGGAAAAUACCGGAUACGUGGACAUUUGAAGAGGCGGCAACGAUCCCGUGCGUUUACAGCACAGCUUAUUUCGCUUUGUAUAUUCGUGGAAAAAUAAAAAGGGGUAAUAAAAUACUUAUACACUCGGGCACUGGUGCUGUUGGGCAAGCAGCGAUUCAUCUCGCUCUCCAAGAAGAAUGUGUGGUGUUUACUACCGUAGGCACGUGCGACAAACGAGAUUUUAUUAAAAAGUUAUUUCCGACUAUUCGGGAUGAACAUAUUGGAAAUUCUCGAGACACCAGUUUCGAGCAAAUGGUAAUGCGGCAAACGCACGGUCGCGGAGUCGACAUCGUGUUGAAUUCCUUGGCGGAAGAAAAGCUAAUCGCAUCCGUUCGCUGUUUAGCGCAAAACGGUCGUUUCUUGCAGAUUGACAAGAUAGAAAUGAUUUCUAAUAACCCUUUAGAUAUGUCCAUACUUCAAAAAGGUAUUAGCUUUUAUGGCAUUCUACUUGAUAAUAUGUUAAAUGGCAACCAUAUAUAUAAAACUUUAUUAUCUAAUAUGGUGGCUGACGGUCUUAAGAAUGGUGCCAUUAAACCAAUUCAAGCGAAAGUUUUCCUGAAAUCAGAGAUUGAAGCAGCUUUCAGAUACAUGGCGAGUGGAAAACAUAUGGGAAAGGUAAUUAUAAAUAUGCAAGAGAGAGAUAAACUUUUAGAUGAGCACGUUGUUGCACAACGCCGCUAUUACUGCGUCCAAGACAAGAGUUACAUUAUUCUAGGAGGUCUGGGUGGAUUUGGUCUGGAGUUGACCGACUGGCUGAUAUGCCGAGGAGCUAAAAACGUCGUACUUAUUUCGCGCAGUGGUAUAAAAAAUGGGUAUCAACGCAUGAAAAUUCAAUUUUGGAAAUCCUGUGGCGUAAACGUUCUGAUUUUUAAAAAUGUCAAUGUUGAUGUCUCCGAGGAUUGCGAACAUCUCUUAAGAACUGUGGAAAGACAAGCACCGGUGGACGCAAUAUUCAAUGUCGCUAUGGUGCUAAAGGAUGGCCUUCUGAAAAAUCAAACCGCGAAGACCUUUGCGGAGUCUUUCCGACCAAAAGCCUGGGCAACGCAAAUGUUGGACAAACUUUCUAGAAAGAUCUGCCCUAAAUUACGACAUUUUGUAGUAUUCUCUUCUAUUAACUGCGGCAGAGGAAACGCUGAACAGACUAAUUAUGGCAUGGCCAAUUCUAUCAUAGAAAGGAUAUGUGAGAGAAGAAUGCAAGAGGGAUUACCCGGAUUGGCGAUUCAAUGGGGUUCUAUAUGUGACGUGGGUUACGUUGCCGAUGUGUUGCAGAAGGACAAUUCUAAAGAAUUGAUUCUUAGCGGUACAUUGCAGCAAAAGUUAUCGUGCUGCCUUGAAAAGCUUGAAAAAUUUUUACUUCAAAACUGCCCAGUUGUGAACAGUAUGGUCUUGCCUACUGAAAAGAAAGCCGAAUCUUCCGGAUUUAGCAGUUUGAUAGAAACUGUUGUCAAUAUUUUAAAUAUAAAAGAUGUGAAAGUUGUUAGACAAAAUGCAAUUUUGACUGAAUUUGGAAUGGACUCUUUGAUGGCUGUGGAAAUCAAGCAAACUAUAGAAAGAGAAUUCGCCAUCAUCCUUACUGUAGAAGAGAUACGACAUCUAACUUUCACAAAGCUUAAUGAGAUAUGUGACAAAUCCAAUCUAAAAGAGACGUGUGCUUUAAAGUAAAAUUUAUUGUUGCUUCUUUUCCAUGAUAGAUAUCCUCAUUUAAAUACGUUAGCACGUAAUUUUAUAUGAUAUUCGCGAACGGAU